CUUAGUCUUGUGGCUGUGACUGGAGUCGGCGGGAGGCCGUUCGGAUCCUGGCAAUGUGAGAACACGUCGAUGUGGCUUCGAGACCUUUUGCCCGGCCAUGUGCCGAACCUCCGAACUUUCGUGUAUGGACACCGGCUCAAGGUUGUCAAUUCGGACCAGCACAGUAACCUAGAGAGUUGCACGGAAGGGUUGCUGGAUGACCUCAAGAUUAUUAGGCCAGAAGGAUCGCGAAGACCAUUGAUGCUCCUUGGUCACAGUCUUGGAGGUAUCGUCGUCAAAUAUGCAUGGAUUCUCUGUGCCGAAAGAUCCAAGAAAGAUGACAAGGACCGGAACCUGUACCAUGCGAUUCACAGUCUCAUUCUUUUCGGUACCCCUCACAAUGGUAUCCGAAAUCAAGAGAUGCUUACAGUGGCAGCAGGACAACCAGCUGAGACUCUGCUUCGUGACCUUGGCCCGGGUUCCACGACACUUAAGAAUCUGAGGGACCGCUUCGCCAGACUGGACGCCCAGAAAAAUCUCAAAGUGCUAAGUUGCUGUGAGUACCAAGCGACUCCGACCUCUCAGCGCUCGGAGGAUGGAAAGGUUAGGAGAGACGGUCCGCUUCAGUGGAUGGUCACCGAAGACUCGGCAUGUCUGCAUUGGAACAGUCCCGCGGAGAGGGUAGUGACGAUACCGGAGAAUCACUCAAUGAUGGUCAAGCUGUCCGCAGGAAUUUCCAGCAAAUACCAAGUCAUCAAAAAUCACAUU